AUGUCAUCCAGCGACUGGGCCAGUCUAAAGGUCGUCGACCUGAAAGCGGAGUUGCAGAGCAGAGGUCUACCUACCAAGGGCGUCAAGGCAGAUCUCGUCAAGCGCUUGGUCGAAGCUGAUGCCGAAUCAUCUCAAGACCAGGAGGCGGCGGGAUCUCCUAAUGGGGAUAUCGCCACGCCAGUCGAUGAUGCGCCCAAAGAAGAAGAUGCCAUUGCGCAGCAUUUCAACGAAGAGAAGUCGCCUUUGAUCGAAAGUGUUGAUGCGACUAUGACUGAAGACGCGCCGGAUACCGUUGCUAUACAGACUGAAAGCCUUGCAGAACCUGAGGCCCAGAAUAUCAUCGCCAGAGACCCUGCCACCCUCCAGUCAGAGGCCAACAACACGUCCGUCCUGCAGGCUUCAGUGCCAGCUCCAGACGCUGCGCUCGACUUACAGAAGCGCAAACGCCGAUCUUCCACGCCGCCUCCUUCCACGAAGCGAGCCAAACAGGAAGAAGAGCGUCGGGCUGAGGAGCAGGAGGACGUGGUCGAUUAUGAGACCGGCGAUCUCUCUGGAAGUCCGGAGAAGAAGUCUCAAAAUGGCACGAGAGAAACACAUGGAUUAGAAGAGGAGGGUACAUCAGAGGUUGGGAGUCAUCGCGUUGCAGCACCAGCAGCGAUUGAUGCACAACGCGCGCUUGAGCCCAGCGGGGUGGAGGCUGAUUCGACAAGGUCGGCUGUGGCAGAGUCAUCCAAUGCACUUUCAGCGACACAGUCACCGGUGCGAGACCCAGUACUGGAAGUCAGUGGCGAGGACGCUUUCAUGAAGAGGGUUGCCAUAGGAAGGCAAUCCGAGGCGCCGUCGCAGACGUCGCAGCCAUCUCAGCAACCGCGCGAGGACCGAUCUGAGACGAACCAAGAACCGCAAAGAGAGCCUGCAGAGGCGGAUAUUGCGCCUUCGGCUCCUUCGGUACACCCUCCGACUUCAGCUCUUUACAUUCGGGAGCUCAUGAGACCCUUGAGGUCUGAGACGGUUGAGGAGCACAUCGUUGACCUGGUAACGCCACAAGGAAGCCAGCCGGACCCGAAUUUCAUUGAGGACUUUUAUCUCGAUCAAAUCCGUACCCAUGCUUUCGUCAAGCUGACCUCGGUCUCCGCCGCUCAACGUGUACGCGCUGCAAUGCAUGACCAAGUUUGGCCGAACGAGCGGAAUAGGAAGCCUCUGUGGGUAGAUUUCAUCCCUCCUGACAGCAUGAAGGAAUGGAUCGACCAGGAGGAGUCUGGAGCCAGAGGCAAUGCACAUCGCUGGGAAGUUGUUUACGAACAGGGGCACGACAGUGUCACGGCUGUUCACAGAGUAGCCGGCUCAGACACCAAGUCAUUUUCGAAACCUCCUCCUACAGGUCCUGCUGCCGGCUCUGGUGCAGGUCCUGUAUAUCCCGGAAUCGAAGCUGCACCGAGAGGUCCUCGCGGUCGAGGUGGUCCGCCGCCUCGAGUGAACAAUCCAAACUUGGUUCAGACGCAAGCCAAUCCCCCACUGUCAUACCAACCCCAGAGUGAAGACAUCGCCCAGCGCCGUGUUGAGAACAUGCGUUCUUUCUACUCGGCAACCCCACCACACGACCUUGGCAAGGAUUACCACCGAUACACCUUUGAAAGCAUCGAUUCAUUUGUGGACAGAGGCACUGAGGUUUUCAUUGGUAUCCGGCCUCCACACCGGGAGAAGGAGCACCAGGAACGUCUUCGUCUUGAACGUCUCGGAAUAGCUGGCACCAGCAGUGCGACCGAUUCGCAGUCUCGCAGGGAAGACUACCGACCCCCGCCUCGCCAACCUGUCCCUGACUUUGACCGAUACUCAGGCGACCGCCGCUUUGGAGGUGAUCGUCGGCCCCGGAACCCCCGGUUCCGAGGCGAUCGAGGACCUCGAUUUAGGGGAGAGGAUCCUUACCGCUACAGACCAGGCUACUAA